AUGGCGGCGGCCGAGAACUUGCCCGAGGACCGGGUGCUGUGCGUGACACAAAGCCAUGCAGCAGCGAUGAACCUCCACAAGCGCCUCGAGUUCUUCGGCGUGCCGGCGGCGCGGGUGGGCACGACGCUGACGCCCAAGGAGAUCGUGGAGCAGAAGAUCUUCCAAGAUGUGAAGGAGCGUUGGGGCGCCGACGAGGAUGAGGUGGUCUUCAUGGAAGAUGCGAGCCAGGUGCCGGACUACACAGGCAUGGAACGAAGCAAAGACUUGCAGAAGAGCCAGUUCACGGUGAUGCGGCGCAUGGUGAUGAUCAGCAAAGUAGCCGUGCUGACUUUGGCCAGCUCCGGGAAUCAGGGAUUGUAUGGCAGCUCAGUAAAAGCAAGGGCAAAGGCGAAAAAGGAGGCGUGGCACCACGUGGAGCUGUGGUUGCCUAUGCGGUUUCAUGAGGUAGGCAAAGGCAAGAAGGGAGAAGAGGAUGAGGACGAGCGCUUGCAGCUGGCCUUGGGGGAACUGGUGGAUGAGCCGGAUCCCAAAUGCCCCUGGUGUCAAGGGGAGUACUCCCAAGACUCCAACUUCUGUGGAAGUUGCGGCAAGCCUCGCAAGGCCUUGACGUGCUACAACUGCGAGAGCCAAUACUUGAAAGGUGCGAAGUUCUGUCGCAGCUGUGGCAUGCCACGGCCCUUUGUGCCAGAGCUCCCCCGCGACCCUCGACCCCCAUCCACAGGCGCUCCCUCGGCCGGCGUGGAAGCGCCGAGCCAUGCUCCCCACGAUUGGGUCUUUGAAGAUGAGUUGGUUCAGGAGCUGGUGCCGGAAGAGCCUGAGGUGAACCUGGACAGUAUGGAGGAUGACAGCUGGCCAAUGCGAGACAUGUGCAGGUCGGUGCAACUGGCGCUGGAUGGACCCUACCUGCCUUUGGUGAAGAUCCUGCGCGCCAAGCUGGCACACAUGAGGGGUUUGGUCGCCUUCGCGGCCAACGAGAAGCAGCGCUGGCGCACCGAGCGCCGCGAGCUCAAGGAGAGAAGUAAGGAGCUGAAAGUUCAGGUCGAGGCGGAAAAGGACAAAGCCUUGCAGCGCGUCACGCGGCAAGCGAAUCACUCCUUGGCCGUGACGCUCUCCACUGGAGGCCCCCGUGCCAACCGCGGCCGCGCGUCCAUGCGCAUCGGGGCAGAAGGGCUGGAGCUCAUGGAAGCCACAGAGCAGGAGCACAACCCCAUCGACAUGGCGGCGAACAUGAUCCUGAAGUCGCGAGUGGGGAGCCUCAUGGUGACCAUUGCACACUCCAUCAUUCCGCUGCAGUCCGAUGUCCAACGAAUCACCUCAGAGUUUGGCAGCGGCUGCGGGACCUUCUUCCGAUUCUACUCCUACUUGCUGCUACUUGCUCUUUUUGCAGCAGUCAGCUUCCUGCCCCUCUUUUUUUCUCCCUUAAGCGACACGAGUAACGGAAGCGUCAGGAUUUGUGGCUAUCUUCCCUGCUCCCUUUUCUUGGGCAGCUUCUACCUCUCGGCUGGUGAACCAGAGGAGCAGUGGCUCUCUGCAGUGGAUCUGCGUUUGCACUCCAACGGCUCGCUGGUGACGGAGACUGACCUUGGGCCAGAAGCGUUCAAUAGCAUGUUCACCGCCUGCCCCAUGGUUCGUUUGGUGCGAGACUGUCGAGUAGCAGCAGUGUUUGCGGGAUUCCUGGAAAACAGCAGUUGGCCCACCAGUGCAUACGAGGUCUUCACCGCCUCCUGGAAGGACAUGCCUGGAACGCAAAACCAGGAUUGGGUCCUCUACAGCCGCUUUGCUGAUGUGAUACAGGCCGAAGAGCCAUGGCCAGCUUGUGGCGACUCCAGCCAAGCACAGGGCUUUCCGGGUGUAUGCCUUCCGGAGGGCUCACAGUUGACCGGGAGGUGGUUUGGCUUUGCAGAUUCCUUCAACGGCUCAUUGCCUUCCUAUGGCCUCCAACUGCAAGUGUUCAACGCGAGCAGGUGUUUCGCCUCGAGUGCGUCCGAGAUUCGGAACAUGGUGGGCGGCAUCAAGGCCAGCUCCGGCACCAGUGCAAAGGACCUCAACAUCGCCUUGUGGUUCGUCUUCGGAAACGUAGUGUCCAUCGUCUUCGCGGUCUUCUUCUUCUUGGUCUGGUGGCAAACCACCGAGGCAAAGUACAACUUCGAGCAGUUCUCCGAAAACCUGGAGCCGAUGCGUUGGAGCUCCCUGGUGUUUGGUCUUUGGAACUUCCGGGUGAGCUCCGAGUCCGAUCGCCUGUUGUGGAGGCAGAGCGUGGCAGAUCAGUUGCGCUUGCUCCAGGCUGAAGAGAAGGACCAGGAGAGUGUGAAGAGUCGCACGACCAUCGAUCAGAACAUGCUCCUCUUCAAGCGCUGCUCAGGCUUUUGCGUGAACAUCGCCAUCAUUGUGGGCUUGUGGUUUCUAAUUUGGUUCUGCUCCCAAGAUCGCCAGCUGCUUGUGGAGUCCUUGGGCAACUCCUUCGAGUCCAUUGGAGCCAGAGGCCUCGGGGAGUGGCUGGGCGCUUCGCUGGCACCCUUGGUGGUGACGGGGGCCGGCGUGGUGCUGCCGCCGGCGGUGGAGCUCCUCACGCAACUGGAGGCGUGGCCCCGUUCCUGGCAAGCGCUGCUCAACAUCACCCGAUUCUUCUUGGGACAGAUUCUGACGGCGGGGCUUUACAUGGCCAUUUCGAUGGAGUUGCUCUUCGAUUGGCCGCUGUGGACGGGUGGCGAUUUGGUGCUGCAGCCUUUGGUGGAGCCCUGUGGCCAAUACCGUUGCAAGGCUGACCAGGCUGGUGCUGAGAUCCUGGCCCUGGUGGUCACGGAAUUUGUGAUGAUGAUGAUCAAGCCUUUUGUGAAGUUGGGCUUGGCGGCCACCCUGCACUGGGGCAAGGCACGGCUUGGCAUGAAAGGUGCCUUUAUGUGGCCAGAGUUCCAGAUCCAAGAUGAUGCUGUGAACGUGGUUUAUUUCUCAGCCCUGCUGUGGAUGUCUUUGUCGACGGUGCCGUACAUGGCAUUGAUCGGCCCUUUGCUCAUGUACAUCCAUUUCAAGUGGUUGAAGUUCAGCCUGCAAUAUCUGACAAGGCGGCCCUUCGUGACCGAAACCACCUCCUUGUUGGUGACCUUGCAGCGCAUCACCUGCUUCAACUUUGUGAUGCUAGGUUUCCUGAUUAUGGCGCAGAUCAUCAUCAUUAUACCCUACGAACCGACCUGUGGACCGGUCAACGGCUUUCAAGCAGCAGGUCAGAUGAUUUGGCAAUUAGACCUUCCGCUGAAAGACUUGUGGUCUGUCUUUUACGACUGGACCCUGCAGAACCGCGGCUCCAUCGUGGUGGUGAUGCUCAUGGCGAUGUUAGUGCUUCGGAUGCUGCACCAGGUCUCCUUGCGAACCAACCGCACCGUCGUGGAGCAAAUGUCCGGCGUGGCGAAUCGGCAGGUGGCGUCCCUGAGCAGGGAGCUUUGGCGCUUGGAACGGCGCAACGACUUGCUGAAGCGGCGCUUGGAGUGGCUCGAGGGGAAGGUCUUUUUCACCGAACUCGCAGAAUUGCGAACGGUGCCGAUCUAUUUGUGUGGCAUGGGCGGCUUUGAAGCACUGGUCAUCGAUGAGGCAGCACAGGUGGUGGAACCAGGACCCUGGAUCCCUUUAGCUUGGGGUCCCAAGCGGAUGAUCUUGGUGGGUGAUGAGAAGCAGUUGCCUGCCACCGUCCUCCACCCGCGUGCUCGCGAUGAGGGUUUGGGCAUCUCACUGUUCGAGCGCUUUGUGAAGGAUAACAUUGUCUCACAUGGCAAUGGCUUCGUUCAGUUGGAUGAGCAGCAGCGGAUGCAUCCCAGCAUCGCCGAGUUCCCGUCGAGGUGUUUCUACGAUGGCACUUUGACCAACGGGCCCGCCACAGCGACACAUCGUCCGAAGAUCCCCGGGUUCCCAUGGCCGAGCGAAGAGGUUCAGGUGGCCUUCGUGGAAUGUGGCGCUUUGAAGGGCCAGGAGGGUGGUCGUAGCCAUGAGAAUCCCGAGGAGGCGGAAGCGCUGAUCAUGGUCUUGGAGCAUUGUUUGCGGCAAGGGCUCAAGCCAUCCCAGGUGGGCAUCAUCACCGGCUAUUCCGCGCAGCAGGAGUUGCUGCGGCGCUUGUGGUCCCAGCUGGCGCCACGGCUGAAUCUUCAAGCCAAGGAGCUUCGUGUGGACACGGUGGAUGGCUUUCAGGGCGCAGAGCGAGACUUGAUCCUGGCCUCCACAGUGCGCUCCUUCUUCGAGGUUGGUUUCAUGAGAGAUCCCCGUCGCGUCAACGUGAUGCUCACGCGUGCCCGGCGUGGGCUCAUUGUCUUCGGGAACGCCCCGACGCUCCACACCGAGAUGAAUACGUGGAAGCCUUGGAUCGAGUGGAUGGAGACCAGGAGGGUCGGUGUGCCGCUGGAGACCCUGAAGGAGCAGCUGGACGAGCAGCUGAGACAUCAGGACCAGUGGGAGACUUACGUCGAUCCAGACUCGGACAGGAAAUGGCAGUACAAUAAGGUCACUGAAGAUUGCAGGUGGAUCGACUGA